CCUCUGCUGCUUUCCAGGCGCCCAUCGCCUCCUUUGCCCGCUGCCCGGAAACUCGCUGGCGGCGGCGGCAGCCACGUUGCCCGGGCCGGAGCGAGUGGGGCUUGCCUGGGCCGGCUGGCCGGGCGGCACAACAGACGAGGAGAAGGAAGGGCAGCAGCCCCGCCGCGCGCCCUGAGGCGGCACCCCUCCCCCCUGCCAGGUGAGGAGGCUUCCCUUCAGGAAGGUGCUGUUUAUCAUUGCCAGUGAAGAGGAGGAUCAUUAGAGGUUUGAAGCCAUGGCCGAUCCUGCAGGAGAAGAACCUGCCUCCAAAUCUGGAGAACUUUGCCACGAAUGUGGACAAAUUCAUUUGCUGCCCGACAACCAUCUUUAUAACUUUCAAGACGACGUAGAUGAUGACUUGACUUGUCACAUUUGCCUCCAGCCUUUGCUGCAGCCCAUGGACACCCCUUGUGGACACACGUAUUGUUUCAGAUGCCUUGAAAACUUCAUGCAGGAGUACAGCUUCUGUCCCAUGGAUCGGAAGAAGCUCUCCUUCCAGAACUGCCGGAAGUCCAGCUUGUUGGUGCGGAAUCUGCUGGAUAAGCUCCUUGUCCUUUGUCCCUUCCAAGAAGACUGUGCACUGACGAUGCAGCGAUGUGAACUUGAAGCUCACUUGCAGAACAGGUGUCCUGGCUUCAAGAAGUACACUGAGCGCCUGGAAAGGAAGAGGAAUCCUCGGUCCAGGAUGAAGGGAGAUUCUCUUUCCAGGCUGGAAGCAAAGGCUGUAAAAGACCCUGAAGUAUCAAACGGAGGGUCCUCUUCAGUGACUGGAGGCUCAGGAGCUGCCGUUGUGUUGCCAGAGGUCCCAGAUCCUGGACUGGUUAACCCAGCCUUUGAUGGGAGUGAAGAAGAAUUCCCUCAGAGAGCGAGUCUUCUGGCAGAGACAAACACCGUUGAGAUCCACCGAGACGACCCCGAGGAAGAGCUUGGCAUGCGCAUAGUUGGGGGCAAAGACACUCCUCUCGGGAACGUCGUGGUGCAGGAGAUAUUUCAGGAUUCCGUGGCGGCUGCCGAUGGAAAACUCGCGCCUGGAGACCACAUCCUAGAGGUGAAUGGUGUGAACGUCAGCAGCGUGACCCACUGCCAAGCCAUCUCACUCUUGCGUCAACCCUGUGACCAGCUCCAUUUCCUUGUGCUCCAAGAAAAGGGCUUCAGCAACCGGACGGCUCCCCCAGUUGUGAACCAGGAAGUGGUCCAUGUUAUCCUGGUCAAAAGGGACCAAUGCGAACCCCUCGGCAUUAAACUGAUCAGGAAAACAGACGAGCCCGGGAUCUUCAUUCUGGACCUGUUAGAUGGAGGGCUGGCAGCCAAGAAUGGGAAGCUGCGCCAGGACGAUAAAGUCCUUUCUAUAAACGGCCAGGAUCUGCGCCAAGGGACGCCUGAAGCGGCUGCGCAGAUAAUCCAGAGCAGUGAAGCCAGGGUCACCUUUGUGGUCCUCCGUCAGUCGGGGCUGCAGCCUCCGGAAGCCCCCGAGGACAGCAGCAGCGCCAGCAGCAGCAACGGGGGCAGCCCUGCACAGCCCAGUCGCCGGAAGCCAGAGCAAAAUCACUUCCGGAGAAGAUCCAACUAUCAGAAGAUACUCCCCCAAGGAUACUUCAGCCAGGAAAAAGUGAUUACCAUCAAAAAGGAUCCCAAAGAGUCUUUUGGGAUAACAAUAGGAGGAGGACGAGAUGGCAAAGCAAAACUCCCCAUUUAUGUAACCAGCGUCCAGCCAGUUGGAUGUCUCUUGAGGGAUGGGAGAAUUAAGAAAGGGGAUAUUCUUUUGAGUAUCAACAAUAUUGAUUUGACUCACCUGAAUUAUAACGAAGCCGUCUCUGCGCUGAAGUCAAACGCAGCGUUGCAGACGGUGGUGUUGAAAGCGCUGGAAGUGGUCAUCCCAGAGAAGGCCUCAGAAGGGGCCGAGAGCCUGGACCGCAGGGAAAACGGGCACAGAUGGGCAAGCUGGUCUCCUCUCUGGAUCACCUGGCUGGGAUUGCCAAGCCAGCUCCACUGCUGUCAAGAUAUUGUCUUGCGCAAAAGCAACUCGGAGAGCUGGGGAUUCAGCAUAGUGGGUGGAUUCGAAGAAAGCAAAGGAAACCAGCCAUUCUUCAUUAAAACCAUUGUGCCUGAGACUCCUGCCUUCUGGGACCGGCGGCUGAAGUGCGGGGAUGAAAUUGUGGCUGUCAACGGAGUGUCUGCUGUUGGGAUGAGCAACAGUGAGCUCAUUCCGAUGCUGAAGGAGCAGCGGAAUAAAGUGACUCUCACAGUGGUCUCCUGGCCUGGCAGCCACGUCUAAGAGCCCAACUGGAAUAAGAGGCUUCAUUUGAAAUGCCUUUGGGAGAGCCUUUCAUUGGAGGGAAGAAACCAAGCGGUGGCUGAGCAGGUCUCAGACAGGCUUCCUCCAAGGGGCAGAUUUUUCUACAGAAAAGGCAAAGGUAGCUUGUUGUUGAGUUUGAUUUUAGAUCCACCCACUUGGUAAGCUGAAAACUGUAUUCUGAUAAGCAGCUGGAGGCAUCUCGGGCUGUGGUUAUUUUUUGUUGAACAGGGAAACUCUGAGCUUCUCCUGAAUUCCUCUCUUAAACCUGCCAAACUAAAGGCCAGCCGGCUGAAACUCAUCUGAUUGAUGGCCUUUAACACCAUAAUCUCGGCUCUUAGUGAACUGAAGUAGCAACCUUCAAGAUGCUGACUAAUCGUUGCAAUGGGUGAAUCAUUUAGUUUGGUCUCACUGUAGUUACUGGUGCCUUGAAUGCUCAGCCCUUGUUGAGGUGUAUUUAUUCCUCUUGUUCAAGCUGAUUGUUCAGCCUUGAGCCAGUCUCAAGAGUUAUGUAAUGCUUCACAGCCAUGUUUGACUUCAGGAGCUGCUUUCAAGGAGGUUUGGAAGCCCAACAGGAGGAUGUUCCUACUCGACUGAGCCCCCUUUCUGACUUUCUCUCCUGUCACUUAUUUCCCAUGAGCUCUGGAAGAGUAUUUCACUGCAGAAAGGCAGACUUUGGCCAUUUGAUAGACACCACAUAGAGGCUUUUUGUGUCUCUGCAGACAGGGGGGUGGGGUGGAGGUUCAAACAGGGUCAGCUGCUCAAUCUCUCUCACAGGGCAUGAAGGAUUCUCUUCCAGCUCAUUCCCAUCCUGACAAUCUCAUUAGGACCACAAUCCUGGUCGAGUUAGCUUCUUAUCUCAGCAGCUCCUUAAGACGGCCAAAGAAAAUACUGAGGAGGAACUAAAGCCAUUGUCCCUCCUGUCCCUUCAAGGGCAUUUUCCCUCUGCACACGUAACAUUUGCAGUCCUUCAGCUGAUUUUAUCUGCGGUUUACUGGGGAAAAAGGAGAUGAACAGGUGUUUAGCGUAGCAUCCUUAUCCACUCAGGGGGGAAGAAGCCAUCCAAAGCCACCUCCCUGGCUUGUUUUCCUUUGAUCUGAUCCCUGCACUAUUUGUUUUUAGAUGGGUCAUCUCCCUUAACUAAUUGAGCAUCCUUGUGAUUGUGAUUGCUUAACAAGAUUGCUUAACAAGUACGUCCUUUUGUCCUGUGACCAGUUGCACAGCAAAUGGAAAAAAGGAAUAAGCAGCCCGCCCUACAGAAAGGUAGCAAAAGCUGUGCCUAAGGAAGGCCUUUGCUAGGUUCCCUUGCCUGUGUGUGUAUGGGUGCCUAUGCUGACACUUGAAGAUAGAAAUUUUCUUUUUGUCAAAGUAAUCUUUCCCCCCUUAAAUAGCCUUAAUAAUUAUUUUCUAAGCAUAGGAUACACUACAUUUAUUUCACCAGGUUGAAAACUUGCUUUCUGUUGUCCAUUUUCUACAAAGUUUCACGAUUUACAAAGGGAUUCCACUAGCCUGUUUGCAAAUAUUGUGUGGUUGUGGAAUAAGUUAGACAAUUUAUUAGUUUGUCGUAAUUAGGAAAUUAAUAGGGCCUGCUACCUCCAAUUAAAAGGGAUUUCUCAGACCUCGAUUUGCACAGAAAUUUCAGGUUGCUGAAACAUGGCAACCUUCUACCACAGGACUCUCCAACCUUGGCCACUUGUGGACUUCAACUCCAGAGUUCCCCAGCCACAUGGAUAGCUGAGGAAUUCUGGAAGUUGAACUCCACAGGUCUUAAAGCUGCCAAGGUUGGCGACCCUAGUGUACAAUGCGCUUCUCUCACUUGCUCAUAAGAUGAGUGGGUGGGAGGCACACACAUCUCAGGAAACAACUUGCAAGGGGCUGCUGCCGCCCCCAGGCCCUUCGCUUCCUGGAGGCUCUGAUGAGCCUUUCAGUUGGAGCCUUAUUUCAUCUGAACAGCAAGUCAGGCUGAGGAAAACACAGGACUUGGCGUUCACAGAGGCUGUGUGAAAUAGCAAAUGAACAAAAAAGGACUUAUGAUUUAUGUUUAAAUCUGAUUCAUGCUUGGACUCUGUUGCCUCAUUUGAAUCUGACAAGUAGGCACUAGUGCUCCACUUAAGGAUGUUGAUUCACUUAAAAAUGUAUUUGUCGAAGUAUAUUUCUGAUGUCUGUCUUCAGAUGUGCUUUGAAAGGAUAUUGGUCUGCCUAAUUGACUGAUAAGAAUAUUGACUUCUGUCUUCGGGUUUGAGUCCCAUGUGACCUCUGUAAUGUGUGACUCUUGCAAUGGCUAUAAAAAGGAUGUCAAACCUUUUUUUUUUCUCAAAUGAAGGGGACGUGUGUUUUCAUUUCAUUGUAUUGUCUGAUUUCAAUGUGCCUUCAACAAUCAGCAGGAAAUCUAGUAGCUACUGUAUUAUUUUGCAUCAAAGAAUUUGUUGAAACUUGUAGAGACCUUUGUCAAUACUCUGAUACAUUUAUAAAUUAUUAUUCUGGAGUUA